AUGACGUCGAGACUUCGUGCUCUCGGCGUUUCGUCCCUCUUUGAAGUCCAGCGCCUGAUGCUCCGACACGUGCUCCAAGAAGAGAGCGGAAACUCUCUGGUCUUGUCUCCGACGGGGACAGGAAAGACCCUGUCCUUUCUUCUUCCUCUUAUUCAGCGCAUUGAAGAGGAACGGUGGCCACGCACUGAGCCCGUGUUGAUUGUGACUCCCACGCGCGAGCUGGCGGAACAGAUUGCGUUCGAGGCGUGGAGGUUACGUACGUCUCCCUCGACGGAGAUUGCGCUAGUCUUUGGGUCGGCCUCGUCGCAUUCGGCGGGAUCCUCCGCUUCUCUUCACCGCGCCCGCGAGGCCGAGGAAUCGUUCCUGUUGCGCGCAGGCGCGCACGUGGUGGUCGGCACACCGGGGCGGCUCCGAGAGCUUAUUGAGAAGAAGACCGUUUUGCUGCAUGCAGACCAGCAGAAAGUUGUGAUUCUCGACGAAGCAGAUAAGCUUCUCAGUCGCGGACUUGAAGAGGACGUCGUCGCCAUCCUUCGCGCGACACAAAAUCCAGGCAGGCGGCUGUUUGCGUUCUCCGCCACAUUCCCAAAGUGGCUGCGAGACGGCCUCGCGAGGCUGCCUGGGUACGACCGGAGAGACACAGAGGGGCGGCGGCAAGACGGAGACACGGGGCCCAGUGGGCAAGCGCGGCCUCUGGACAAUGGGGGCGGUAGGCCAUUCUCUUCUCACGGAAACGACUCUUCGCCGUCUCCGUCCAUGCGCAUUAUUGAUCUGUGCAACUCCGCCGCGCCGUUUACGUCGCUCCCUGAGCACUCACAGCAGACACGCGCUGCUUCUGCGUCUUCGUCGGCCUUCCCGGCUUCCUCUGCGGCCUCUCUUUUGCCGUCAGAUCCGCUUUCCACCCCUUCAAAGGAACACCCUGCUCGGCGGCCGAACAUCACACAUAUGGUGUGUCGUCUUCCGCGUCAGGAGCAAAAACGUAUUCGCGCUCUUCUCUUUCUUCUCAAAGCGCGUCUCCUCGAUCCCCACCCUGACUUACGAGGAAUCAUCUUUUGCAAUUCGCGCCAGCAGGCGAGUCUCCUGGCACACCACCCCCUUCUGGAGCCUGUGGCGAAGCCGCUGCAUGCGGACAUGACUCAGACUCAACGCUCAGCGACACUCAGGGCCUUCACGCGAGGUGAUUUCCCGAUUUUGAUUGCCACCGACGUGGCCGCAAGAGGGCUCGAUCUCCCACGCGUAGGUCUUGUGGUUCACUACGGUGUACCGCAGAGCGCCGAGGUGUAUGUACACCGCGCUGGGCGCACGGGCAGGCCGCAGCGUCUCGCGGAACGGCGGCGCCGAGCCGAGACUGCACUCGACCGCGAAAGCGUAGAACCAAGAGAGGAAGGUGCGGAAGGAGCGGGAGAGGAGAAUGGUGAGAGCAUCGGUAACCAGGACACAGAGGCGAGCCUUCUAGCUGACGCGCCAGCGUCGUCUGCCCGAGGCGAAGACACACGAGCAUGGACGGCGACUAUCGGGACCAAAAAGCCGAGAGACAGACGUCAAAUGCCAGGCCGAGGAAGCGACGAUGAAGGCGAACACGACGCGCCCGCCGGUGGGGUCUUUGUACAGCGUGGCGAGUCGAUUCUCCUCUUGGACCGAGGGCAGCAGCAGGGUGCGCUUCUUCGGAAAUUCGAAAACACGGUUAAAGCUGUAUUCCGAGAGCUCGACGCCCCUGAUGAAGACGCCAUGGUUCAACAUUCACUUCGGGAGAUUGAAGCUCAGCUUCUUUCACCUCAAGUUGUUCCUUUUCUUUCCCCGUUUCUUCCGUUUGCCUCGACGCACUUAUCUGCCCACGGUCCUAGGCUCCUCGCGGCGGCUUUGGCUCUUCUGCUUCAGCGCCAGCAGAGAAUCACGUGGCGGUCGGCACUAUCCGGGCGCUUCAAUUUCACGCCUCUUCUCUUCCACGAUCCGUUUUAUCAGCACUUCAAGAACAAGGAGGAUCUGCUUUCGCUCUUGCGCCAGGUUCUGCAGCCCAGCUUCUCUCCGUCUGCGAACAUCGGCCGAAUUGCAUACUCCCGGAAAGGACUCCUCGUCGACUUGCCCUCUGGAGCUGCCCGCGCGGUCCUGGCGAGUGAAGAACUCAAGAAGCGAAAAAUCAAAGUCACCUUCGCUGCGACGCUUCCGCACGUCGUCGGCGAUGAACUGCGAGCGCGAAUGGAGCGAACGCGGCGACAGCGAGACCCGGAGAAAGUGCUACAGGAGCUUCAAAAGCGGAUACACAACGCCCGGUCGAAGCGCGCGAGGAUCCGCGCGGCAAAGCAACUCGCUCGUCAGCGUGAGCGCCACGGCGUUUCGAAGCUCUACGAGGCCAAUCGGAGAAACAGUUUCUUUCAGUCCCCCAGAUCUCCGUCUUCAGCGGACUCUCGUUCCAAGAAUAACUAA